UCAUCGAUCGCGCAUUUGUCAAAGAGAAACCAAGUUCUCAAUUCUUAUCAGCUUGGACGUUGACAUUGCCAAAUCCUAAUUUUAAACAGGUUCAUCCUUGAGAUACGUCGACAAAAGUGUCGUCGGAAGUGCUGAAUAUUGUAGCAGGUGAAAAUUCUACCAYUAAAAGCUUUUUUUGUAAUCAGUUAGACAUUUAAUGYGUUUUAAAGUGCCCUUCAGCAAACUGGAAUGACUACAACCAGGUUAAAARACAAUUUAUAAUUCAACGCUUCGUGCAUUCAAAGGGUCAACUCAAGGAAAGAUUGAACGGGACAAAUGGCCUCGAACGAGACUUGCACUGGUGCACUCGAUUCACCGUCGUCGGUUAUAUUGAUAGUCCUUAAUAGUAUUUCAUGUAUACUUUCCAUUGGAGGCAAUACAUUUGUUCUUAUAGCCAUCUUUAGAACGCCCGUUUUGCGGCAGACUAUCUCAAAUUACUUCAUUGCAAGUUUGGCUGUAGCUGAUCUGUCCGUAGGCGCGAUACUGAAUCCCCUGUGGAUUGCUAGAAGUACUCUUAACAUAUGGAGAAACAGCCAUUACCUCUCAAUUAUAACUGAAUUUAUGAGUUUGCAAACGCUUGUUACAACGACUUAUGGCUUGGCCUUGAUAAGUUUUGAUCGUUAUAUCGCCAUAACAGCUGUCUUUCAGUACUUACAGAUCAUGACAGGCCGUCGCUGUGUCGCCGCAAUUAGUUGCGUAUGGGUUUUCUCCUUCUGUUUUGCGGCAUUACGAUUCUCCAUCAGUAACCCGGUAAUGUUACCUUACCUCUGGAUAGCAACGUCCAUUGUAUGUUACACAGUUCCAUUUAGUAUCAUUGUAUACUGCUACUAUAACAUCUUCCGUGAAGCUCGAAGGCAAAAGAUGCAAAUCGAAGCGAUUGAAAAUAGAKGCAGCAAUUUGGACAGUGCUAGAACGAUUAGCUCAAAUCGUAAAGCAGCUUAUACAAUAGGUAUUAUAAUAGGGGUUUAUCUUAUAUUUGCUUUACCAAGUAUGRUCAUUGCUGCUAUACAGCUUAUAACAAACGACAAUUGCCUCAAGUUAAGAAUCCUGAAAGUUUGGUUUUGGGGAGCACUUGUUUCGUUCUCAUCCUCGGCUUGCAAUCCCUGGGUAUAUGCAGCGAGAAUGGCAGAGUUUCGACAAGCGUUUAAGGACAUAUGGCUCUGGAUUCGCUCGGGUCUCGGAUAAGGACGUCAAAUCAGGGAUUCCCAGYCUUCCAAGCUUCUCUCUCGUACGUAAAAGAGCCACUGAUGACGCGAUAAACCCUACCCAAGAACACCUUCAGUGCCUGGCCCACUAACCUAUGCCUGGGAMUGACGUGAUUGGCUCUGAUGUUGCAGGAGCCUGGCCAAAAGGCAAUGUUAAUAAGAUAAUGAGAGUAGACCCAAUAAUAGCCUGCUAACAGCAGGAACGMCUGUUAGCAGGCUAACCCAAUAAAGUUGUGUACAAAAAGGUAACUGG